AUGGCGUCGUACGUAGAUAGGUAUUCAGAUAUAGAAAGCGAUACAGAAGAGGAUGAAUUAACAAUUCAAUUUAAUUCUGCUUCGAAACACUUACAAAAAUUAGUAUCCACCAGUAAAAUCGAUGAUUCUUUGUUAUUAUCUUUGUAUGGAUUGUAUAAAACUGCGACUGUUGGUAAAUGUGACGUCUCUAGACCCAGCUGGUAUGAACUUAAAGCGAAACAAAAAUGGGAUGCUUGGUCUCAAGUUGAUGAUCUACCAAAAGAGGAAGCCAAAGACAAAUAUGUUACCCUUAUUAAAAAAAUUGAUCCAAGUUGGGAACCAUAUACCUGCACAUCUGAUGUAAAUACAGAGAGUUGGGUCAAUGUUUCCAGUAUGGUUAAUACUGAAGAAGAGCUUAAUGAAAGCGAUAAAACCAUUUUUGAUAUGGUCAAAGAAGGCAAUGUUGAAAAAUUUAAAGAACUUUUAGAAAAUAACACAAUUGAUAUAAAUUCAUUGGAUGAAAAUGGUUUGGGUCUAAUUCAUUGGGUUUGUGAUCGAGGUAAUGACGCUUUAUUGGAGAUAAUAUUGGAAAAUAACGGCAAUGUUAAUUUACAAGCUGAAGAUGGUCAAACUGGUUUACAUUAUGCUGCAAGCUGCGGUCAUGUUAAAUGUGUUGAAACACUGUUGAAAUAUGGCGUGGAUCGUAAUCUACUUGAUGAAGAUGGAAUGACGGCCUCAGAAGUUGCUAGUGAUUCAAUAAUUGCAAAUAUAAUAACAAAUUUUAAUAAUUAGAUAGAUUUAUA